AUGUCCAUCCCCAUUUCGAACUCAAUGCAAGAUACCGACCGCCGAUCUUCCAACGAUAGGAAGCAUUACCUGGGUGUACUUGGUCUCGAUGAAGCAGAAGAAGCCAUUUUUAAAGAGAAGAUCCUCGCCUUGGCUGAAGUUUACUUGGACAUGCAUAAGCCGGUCAGUCAGCAGAUAGAGGAUUGGGAGCUGUAUAUACAGCAAGCAUACGUACUCGUACCAGCUAUGGUACCCCCCAAGGAAAGGUGCGAUGACUCUGUCCGUUUUUUCCUCGGUUCACUCCACCUUGAACUGUCCCACCUCACCCCGUUUCUAGAGGCGACUGGCGUCAAGAGCGGUACCAAGUUGCGGGCGAUGGGGACUUGGAGGUUUGAGCGCAUCCGUCAUUUCAUCGACUCCAUGCGCAAGGAACAUCCGGAAGUAACGCAAUUCGCUGCAAAUGUUAUCACGCUGGAGAUCGCAAGCCUGGGUGCUCCGUGUCGCCCUAUGCCUAUGGAUACAUUCUAA